UUAUCUCUUAUUGCUGUUGGGACCAUUACAGGAGGGUUGACACUCAAUCCUAUUAUUCUUGGAGUAAUCAACGGUGCAGGAAUAAUUGUGGCUGGAAUUACAAAAAAGAAGGAUUUAAAAAAAAAGAUAGAAACAACAAAACUGGCUUAUACUACUUAUGAGAAAGUAUUAGUAGAACUACGAUCAGCACUCAGAGGAGAUGAGUGGAAUAAACAAGAAUUUAUAGAUCGUAUUAAAAUUUUAGAUGAAAUGAUAAUUGAUCAAUGUCCAUCGAGUGUGGAUAACUUUGUGGAGAAGUAUAAAAAUAAAUUUGAAAAUAUAGAUUAA